UGAUUUUACCACAACUGUGACAUUUUCAGUGAAUAUCCUUAGAAAACAGUGUCUGUCCCCAGUCUCAUUCAAAGUUUGUCUCUAUGCCCUCCAGCUCUCACUGUCUAUCUGCACGGGUGUGUCUGUUUCUCUGUGUCACUGGAUGUUUUUGCACCAAGCAUGUGGACAUCUACCUCUCUGUCUUACCGUCUCUCUUGUAUCAUAUCUCCUUCGGACUCUCCUCCUUUUCCCCACUUGACCUACUGCUUCUGCUUUCCUGAGCUCUGGAGUCUUGUGUGAGCAAGUACAUCUAUCUCGGUGUUUUCUGUCUGCCUUGGCUCUUCACACUCUAAACAUCAGGUUCUGCAGAGGGAAAGAACGUCACGUCUUUGGAGGUGAGAGAAGGGCACAAUGUCACGUUACCGUGUGUCCUUCCCACUAAAGAGGACAUCAGUGAUAAUGUCUUUGACUGGAAGAAAGACAAUCAGAAGGAAAUGUUCUUGUUUUCCAGGGGUGACCAUUACAACAACAGACUUACAGGUCAAGAUCAGCAGUUCAGCGGACGCGUCUCAUUUGUUGAGGGGCAGUUAAGGUUUGGCGAUGCCUCAGUGACUCUCAGCAACGCCAAGAUGGCCGACAGUGGACUGUUCUCCUGUCAUUUUCCACAUGUGGAGCCGAGAUAUACAGCCUAUGUCAGACUUUCCGUAAUCAAAGGUGGUCCUCAGCGGUCAACAUUAACAAAUAGAUCAGAAAUAAAGGGUGCUGCCCCUCGGCCACACACCAAGUUUGUUGAUGUCACUGAGAAGGGGGUGGAACUGAGGUGUGAGGUUGGAGGCGCCUAUCCACAGCCUGAGGUAGAGUGGCAGGACAGCAAAGAAAAGGCCCUACCUGCUGCAGGGCCAAUGUUCUCCACCGACAGUGAAGGCCGCUACCAUGUCAUCCUCUCUGUUUACGUGACCGCUUCUGGCAAUUACACCUGCAUUGCUAGGCAGAAGGACAUCGGCCACAAAAUUGAUGAUGUUUUCUAUGUCCACGAGAAUCUGUUCUCUAAGGACACAUGCACAGUGCAUGUGUCCUCCACUGUGAUGACAGCUGGACUUGUGCUUGGAUGGGUUGUUGCUGGGAUUCUAGCCCUGUAUAUUUUUGGGAAGUGGAUCAAAAAAAGAUUGAGCAAAGAGUCUUCCAGACAGGAAGCUGACAGCCCUCAAGCUGGGACUCCCGAAUCAUCAAACUCUUUAAUUCAAAUAGAUGACAGGUCAGAUGACAAGAAACUUAAAUAUGUUGCUUGUUAGCAUGGGGAAAGAGAAGACUAAAGCUGGUAACACAGCUACUUAGUACUAUUUUUUUCCCUACUGGAUCUGACAGUGACUGCAGAGAGACAGAGUAAAGGGAGGGGAGAGAGAGGGGAUGUCAUGCAACAAAGAGCUUGACAUGUGUUACGCACUCUACCAGAGGAAUCACCGGGGCGCCCCAACACCAUGUUUUUUUAGACAGUGCGGAAGUCCAGAUGCCUGCUGUAUAAUGCAGCUGUGAUGUGAACAAUUUAUGGACAACAUGGUUAACAGGGUUGGUCUACAAACAGGAAAACAGUUUGCUCUAGGGGCCAGCACCCUCCUCUCCUGAACUUUUUUGGGUGCUUGGGUGACCUCAAAAGACGAACUUAUGUUCUGCCUUCUGCUAGAAGGCUUCAUGCCAGAAGGCUUCAUGAACAUGGCCAGUUACAUUCAGAGGAACUGAAUGGGGUUGAACACAGUCAAAAUGUUGAUACAAGAUUGGGUUGUCACAAUACACAUAUUUUAGUAACUUAAAUAUGCAUUAUUAUUACAAAUUUGCCACAGGGGGCUUUAGAGCCAUACGGCAUCCUUUGUCUUCAGACCUUUGCAUUAAACAACUCCCUAAAAAAAAACUUUAAUGGGGAGAAAAAUGCCUAAACAUGAUAAGGAAGAUGCCAAGCAGUGUCCAGGUGCCACCAGAACAGCCAUAAAUAAAAAACUGCAAAUAGCAAGAAUAAAUAUGCAGAAGAGAAACAAUAGCCUAGUCUAAAGCUGAUGUGCUCUUCUGGCCAGUGGCCAGGCAGGUGUAUGUGAUCAAUUUAGAGACAGCGUGCAGAUGUAUUUAAGCAUAGAAGUGUCAUUUGUUAUUAUUUGUUAUUAGUAGGGACGAGCGAGUACACCACUAUCUGUAUCUGUUUAACCAUCUACAUUACCCGUAUCCAUAUCCGUACUUGGAGUGGGCUGUUUUUUUUUUUUUAUUUUAUUUUAUUUAAAGCGGAGAAAAAUGUUUCCACCUAGAAUGCAUGACCUGCAAUAGAUAUUGGAAGCUCAAAGCUAAAAUGUACUGAUGGCUCCUGAUAAUUGUCUUUUGAAGGAUAAUACUGUAUGCCUUUCUAGUAUUACGGUGUAGCAGCUUUUACAAAACAAAAUAUGUAAAAUAUGUCACACUAUUGUAAAAUCAAAUCCCAACACUUGCAGAAUCACAACACAUAUUGAAUUGGCACCUAAGUAUUUCCAUCCCAAGUAUAAUUCUAAAUUACAGAUUUGGCCCAAAUUGUUUGCAGUGGGCAUGGCCUGUAACAUUUUAGCUCAUAAUAAUGACUAGAGAGUAUGGGUAAAUCAGGUAGAUACGAUAUCUACACAUUAUGAAAAUAGUAUAUGGUCAUCAAUUAUGUUUGGGAGUGCCAUAGACACUCUUUUCACCAGGUGCAAGUGUGGUAGUGGAAAACAAAGUUGCCAUAUCUUUGUCUAGAAAUGUUGUAGAGCUGUCAUUCCACCUGUAUUGCAGUUAAAAAAAUAAGCAGAAAAGCUCUGCUUUGUUCUUUCACAGCUACCUCAAUGACUUUUCAUAUAAGAUGGCAAUGCUGUAUCCACUUUUCAUGCAAGAUGGCGAUGCUGUAUCCCAUGUCCCACACUGAUGCUUGGCUACCUUUCAUUGCUAUGGCCUUCAUGUAUCUUGUGGGUAUAGCUGGACAAAAUACUAUUAAAAUAUAAUAUAUAUAAUAUUAAAAACUAUUAUGUAAAGAGAGACUAUGGUGUGAAUAUUUCUAUGUGCUUUAUUUUUUGCACUUGGUUAUUUUUGUUGAAGUGUCCUGCUCCUUUAAAUGUACCCAGUGUAGUCCUGUAUAUCCACUUGGUUUUGUUCAUACUAAAACCCUCUCACCAAAACACAUUGCGUGUCUGUCAUGAAAUAUGUAAAUUUAUUUCUGCACAAAGAAAAAAAAAAAAAAGUAUUUGGACUAAAAACCCAA